AUGGCCGAUCCCCAUGGCUCGUACAGGGAUCUUGUGCACAGGCACAAUGAGGAAAUUGAUACCCUUCUAGAAAUGGGUGUCUAUAAACCGGUAUUUCUCUACCAGGUCAUUCUGUUCAACUUAUUGCCCCUCAUCGGCUUGCUCAUACCGUGCAGCGCUGCACGGUAUGGCCGGCCGGUGAUUUUUGCCCUUUGUCUGGGGUUUGUGGUUGAGGUGCUCAGACACCGCCGUGCACUACUUGGAGGAAAUGGGUAUAUGAUCGGCCUGAUGGCAGCGUGGUUGCUGGUAUGGAGUGCAGCUCUCCUCGUGUUUACCGACGUCGAGAAUGACUUCCAGCGCAUUGAAAGAGGAGCUGCGGCUGAUGAACCUAGGAGAGACAUGGAUCAAGCGGGAAAAGGUGCUCAGCAGAGCCGCGCUUUUACUGACAAAAGCAAUCUGGUUAACACCACCCAUGCAUCUCCCUCUGCAUCAAGCAGACAGGCCACCUCCACCGCUAGCGCCGACAAUCAUGAACAUGAGAAAUUCCACUGGCAAUCCUAUCCUCGAAACUUUACUCACCGUCUUGAUUGGUGUGCAGGACUUCUCUUCAAUCUCAGGGGACCCGAAUGGAAUUGGCGUCCUCCGCGCUUGGGCCCUCUUCCUCGAUCUGUUCACACACAACUGCGUUCGGGAUUUGACUCCGACGAAUUGCGGGCACAUGAUGAUGCUGCCUACAUGACUGCAAAAGACCGUCUUCGGGCUGCCUUUUGGAACUGCUUCAAGGGAUAUAUUCUGCUAGACGCUCUCAAGGUUUUCAUGAUGCGGGACCCGUACUUCCGGGGCAUCGUGGCAAGCGAAAUACCGCCUCCAUUUCCAUUUUCAUGCUUUGCAUCUUAUCCCCUGCUGAUACGCUUUUACCAUUGCUUCUUCAGUUGCAUGGGCGUCUACGUCGCCCUCGUUUUUGUUACCUCUUUCAAUCCUAUAUGUUUCCUCGGGUUGUCUCUGGCCUUUCCCAAAGCCUCUCGGAGGCUGACAAGGGCUCCACUUGAUGCAUCUUGGCUAUAUGCCGAUAGCUUUGGACCCUUCCUCUCCGCUGUUCUCGAUCAUGGGCUGGCUGGGUGCUGGGGCCGAUGGUGGCACCAACUCUUCCGCUAUGGGUUCACCACCGCUGCUCGUUGGAUUCUAUCAUGGCUUCCAACUAGGUGGGCCACCAAUUUACGGGUCAAGCGGAUCACCCACAUCGUGAUUGCGUUCGCGCUCAGCGGAUUUGUGCAUGCCUGUGGCAGCCAUACACAGUUCACAAACACCCACCCCUUCUCGGGCCCAUUCUUAUUCUUCUCUCUGCAAAGUGUUGCAAUUAUUCUCGAAAACAUCUUCAAGACCGCUAUAUUCCCCAAAUUACCCCUUGCGAACACCCCGCGGUGGCUACGUCGGACUGCAAAUGCAGUUUUUGUUUUCCUCUGGCUUUUCUAUUCCGGCGCUUUUAUUGCAGAUGACUUUGCCCGAGGCGGAUUGUGGCUGAUGGAACCAGUACCUUUCAGCCUGCUCCGUGGUCUGGGACUGGCAUACGAUAAAGGGUGGCGGUGCUGGGACAAGCCGUGGUUUCGCUAUUGGAGUGAUGGGACCUACUGGGGUAGUGGAAUACGAAUUAUCUAA